CUUCCAAUUUUCCAAAUCCAAAAUCCCAAUGGCAUUCUUCUCUUCUCUCUCCUUCUUCCUCCUCUUUUCUUCCUUUCUUUCCCACGCCGCUGGUUGGGUUGGCGUUAACUACGGUCGAAUCGCCGAUGACCUUCCUUCACCCGACGACGUAGUUAAACUCCUCAAAACCCAUGGAAUCGACCGAAUCAAACUCUUCGAUACUGAGUCUACCGUCCUUACCGCUUUAUCUAACUCUAACAUCUCCGUUGUCGUCUCCCUCCCCAACGAAUACCUCUCCUCCGCCGCCUCCGAUCCUUCCUUCACCGACAAUUGGGUACAAUCCAACAUAUCCCAUUUCUACCCCUCCACCAAAAUCGAUGCCAUCGCCGUUGGCAAUGAAGUCUUCGUCGACCCCAACAAUACUACCAAUUUCCUCGUCCCCGCUAUGAAAAACGUUUACGCCUCGCUUCAAAAGUUCAACCUCCAUACCAACAUUAAAGUCUCCACCCCCCUUGCUUUCUCCGCCCUCGCUUCUUCUUACCCAACUUCCUCCGGUUCCUUCAAACCUGACUUAAUCGAACCCGUCAUGAAACCCAUGCUCGAUCUUAUACGUCAAUCCCAAUCCCACCUCAUGGUUAACGCUUACCCUUUCUUCGCUUACAUCGGUAACGCCGACAAAAUCUCAAUCGAUUACGCUCUGUUUCGUGAAAACGCCGGCGUUAUCGAUUCCGGCAAUGGGUUAAAAUACUCGAAUCUAUUGGAGGCUCAAGUGGACGCUGUAUUCGCAGCUUUGUCGGCGAUAAAAUUCGAGGACAUUCCGGUGGUGGUGACGGAGACAGGGUGGCCAUCGAAAGGGGAUGAGAAUGAAAUCGGAGCGAGUAUAGAGAAUGCGGCGGCGUAUAACGGAAAUUUAGUGAAGAGGGUGCUAACGGGAAGUGGGACGCCGUUGAGGCCAAAGGAGCCACUGAACGCAUAUUUGUUUGCAUUAUUCAAUGAGAAUAAAAAGCAGGGGCCCACUUCAGAGAGGAAUUACGGUUUGUUUUACCCAAACGAAGAGAAGGUUUAUGAGAUUCCUUUAACAAGCGCUGAUGUGGAGGGUGGGGUAGGGAGUACCCCCGCGGUGAAUGGGAGUAAGGUGAUAAAGAAUGGGCAGACGUGGUGUGUGGCUAAUGGGAAGGUAGCGCCUGAGAAAUUACAAGCCGGUUUGGACUAUGCAUGUGGCGAAGGAGGGGCUGAUUGCAGUUCCAUUCAACCGGGUGCCACCUGUUACAACCCUAACUCCCUUGAGGCACAUGCUUCCUAUGCUUUUAAUAGCUAUUACCAGAAGAUGAAACGUGCGGUUGGCACGUGUGAUUUUGGUGGUGCUGCUUAUGUCGUCACUCAACCUCCACAGUAUGGACAAUGCGAGUUCCCCACGGAGUACUGAUCAGUUUGUUGCAUAUAGAGACAUAAAUUGAUCCCACACCAUUUUUAAUUUCAUAUAUCAAUUCACUUUUUACUUCUUAUUUUUAUGUUCAAUUUUUCUUUUUUUAGAAUUCUUAUUAUAUAUUAUUAUUUGAAUUAAUAGAUUUUUUUU